CUACUCAACCCGGAUGUAAGAGAGAGAGAGAAGGAGAGAGAGAGGAGGAGGCGCUGCUUGGCCCAAAGAUCUGCUGUAUUCCCGCUAAUUGGAGUCAGCCAGGAUGCUGUAAAAUACAACAGCAACAAAACACAGCAAAACAUGUCGCAUUCAUCUCAGUGACCAGUGCUGACCACCAAGCAAACGGUUCAUCAUGAUGAACCGGGUACAGCCGGAGAAUGUGCACUCCACCAUCUUCACCCAGCGGGAGUACCAGGUGGAGCUGGUGGACGCCUGCCUGCGGGAGAACACCAUGACCGUCCUGGCCUCCCGCUCCACCCGCACCUUCCUCAUCACAAUGGUCACGCGGGAAAUGGCGCACCUCACACGCAGUGGGAGGCAGCGCACACUCAUCACUGGCUGGUCUGGGCCGGGGCUGGUGCGGGUAGGGGAGGCCAUCCAGCAAAACACAAACCUCGCCGUCACCACCUACACCGCCCUGGACCAGGUGGACAACUGGCCAGCCUCUCGGUGGGGCCAGUCCUUCAGGGAGGCUCAGGUGCUGAUCAUGACCAUUGAGGUGCUGGAGCGUGGCAUGAUGGCUGACGUCCUCCCAUUGGACAUGCUCAAUCUUCUGGUCAUUACUGACGCCCACCGCAUGGCCACCUGUCCCACAGUACAUAAGAUCCUGAGCAGCUGUGGUGGAUGUCGUAUUCUGGGCAUGACGUCCCCGGUGCUGAGCCAUGCCUGCUCACCUCCCCAGCUUGAGUCCUUCCUUAACCAUAUCCAGCAAGCUUCAUCUUGCAGGGUGGACACUGCUUCCGAGAUUGUCACUGUCCUGCGAUAUGUAAAUAAGCCUUUGGAAAAGAUAGUGAUGUGUCGGGACCCAAGCCAAGAAGAGCGGUCUGAGGUAGAGAUAGAGGUGCGUCAGCUAGUGGAUCAGGCUAUGAACUUCCUGGGGGAGCACCGCUAUGACCUGGUGGAGGUGUAUGGACCAGAGUACCAGGAGUUCUGUGAUGGCCUGCCUGAUCCCAACACUGAGCCCCGACAGAUACUCCUUGACUUUCUGGAUGUGCUCAAUAAUUUAGGGCUGUGGUGUGCUGACAGAGCAGCUUUGUAUGCAUUAGUUGAAGUGGAGAAGUUGAAGAAGAAGACUGCCUAUGAUCGUCACUACCUCCUGCUGUGUAUGAUCUUCACUGUCAUGGCUCGUAUAAGGGCUGUAGUGGAACAAGCAUUCGAUAAAUAUUCAGAAUUGGACCAAAUCUUGAAGUUUUCCACCCCCAAAGUUUUGCGCUUAGUUGAAGUCCUCCGUCAGGUUCGUCCUCUAAACUUUGUAGACCCUCGUAAGAGAAGAGACAAGACAGAAAACACCGAGAGCUUGAAGGGAGUAACUCAAGUAGAAGGAUCAGAGACUCUUGCUAUUGAGGCCACAGCUGACCCUGAACACUCUGAAGUGUCUGUGGUGCUGUCUAUAACUGAGGGAGCUGCAUCUCCAGAAGAUUCCCACACAGAUUGCAAAGAACAAGAUGAUAAUGAGGAGAAAGAAAAGAAAACACCUGAAGACUCACUCUGCCUCUCAGGUUCCUCUCAGAUUGGCAAGGAGGAGGAGGUCUCCACUGCAAAGAAUUGUGUGAAUGAUGCAGAACAAAUCAGUCAUGAAGGAAGUGAGAUUGGCACUAAAUCUGAUAUUGAAAUGUUAGACCAAAUAGUUCAUAAAACUGUUAAUAAGGAGAGUUUGUGCAAUGGUUGUGCUUUUGAGGAGGAUUCCUGUCUCCCUAACAUUAUGGACCUGGCCUCCCCUAGCAAGCCCUCCAGCAAGCAGUCAAAGAAAUGUGCAAAUACAGAAGCACCAAAGGCUGUGUCAGAAUGUCAGGCCAAUGGAUGGAGUUCUCAGGAUGUCAGUCUGGAUAUGUGUGACUGUUCAGGAAAGAGUGAAAAGGGAGUGAAUUCUAAGGAAAAAAGUGUCAACUGUCAACAUAGUGUGGCAGGAGAGUGUCUCCACAACGGAGAGGUGGAGGAGGAGUGUCAAGAGCCAAGCAAAGUACAAAUUCAUCCAGAUGUUACACAAAACUGUUGCAAUAUCUCUGAAUCUGUAGUCACUAAGAAAGCUGGAGAUGGAUCAACUUUAGAAGAGGAUUUAUGUAGGCUUAGUCUUAGGGAAUCCUCAUUUAGAACUGGCUGUGAACUUGAAAAUCCUAUAAACUGUGAUGUAAGCAAUGGAACUACGAGUGCCAAAAGCCACCUGCAUGAUGCUGCCAAGGUACACAAUAGUAUAAGUGCUCCUCUAUGCAAUGGAUACCAGAGUGGCAGUGAAGAGAGCUUGCCAUCCUUGAGAACCUCUGAAGGGUGUCCUGACAAUAAGCUUAGCAACCACAACAACCAAAAGGAGUCAGUAUCCUCCGUUCAGGGCGAGAAGGAGUACUGCCUGGAGCAGACACAUUCAGUACAAAGCAAUCUGUGUGAUGAGGAAGUCCAGCCCGACGAAAGAGUUCCCUUCACCAGUGCUCAUUCCACUACCUCUCAACCAGCCAGUAAAGUGGCUGACGUCCCAGCAACUCUUUCCGAGGUCACCACUGCCCACAGUGAGGCUGCUGAGGAUACAAGAGGUCACACUGAGGCUACAAGAGUCGCCACACACCAUAAGGAGGCAAAUGAAGCCACCACAGACCAUAAUGAGGCCAGUGAAGCCACCACAGACCCUAAUGAUGCCAGUGAAGCCACCACAGACCCUAAUGAUGCCAGUGAAGCCACCACAGACCCUAAUGAUGCCAGUGAAGCCACCACAGACCCUAAUGAUGCCAGUGAAGCCACCACAGACCCUAAUGAGGCCAGUGAAGCCACCACAGAUCCUACUGAGUCCUGUGAAGCUCCUAAAGACACUUCUAAAGAUAAUGAAGCCACCACAAGCCCUGCUGAAGUUAAUGAAUCCACUGGAAGCCCUACUGAGGCCAAUGAAGCCAAGCCACAGACUGCCACAAGUACUUCGGGUGAGCCCAGCAAAGAUGCAGACAACACUGUGUCUCCGGCGCCGGCCGUGUCAUCUGAGGCCGCAGCCAUGGCAGACACCCUGGCCCUGCUGCUCCCUGGGGGCGGCGGAGGCAAGGGUGGCAGGAAGCGGCGUGAUGAGGUCAAGGAGAAGGUCAAGGUGCACAACCCGGAUGACCCUGACUCAGUGUGUGGCCUCAUCUUUGUGCAUCACCGGAACAUUGCCAAGAUCAUCUACCGCCUCCUCAAGGAGCUGAGUGACAUUGGAGGAGACUUUGCCUGGAUCUUCCCCCAGUACACAGUGGAGGCUCGGGAGAAUGUGAAGGAUGACCCUCGUGCGGCUGAGGCUGAGCACAAGAAGCAGGAGGAGGUGUUGAGAAGGUUCCGUCAUCACGAGUGCAAUGUUCUGGUGUCCACACGGGUGCUGGAGGAAGGGAUUGAUGUGCCACAGUGCAACUUGGUCCUGCGAUUUGACCCUCCUCUGGACUAUCGUUCAUAUGUGCACAGCUGUGGUCGUGCCAGAGGCCAAGACACUUUCUAUUUCCACCUGGUAACCAAAGCUCAGGAGAAGGCUUUCCUGCGAGACAUGGCUACGUACUCAGCUUUCCAAAAGGUAUUGGUGAGUCGCUGCAGCAGCGUGGAGGUGGGCACAGACCAGGAGGUGGAUGCAGAGGAAGCCAAUGCAGCGUAUGCACCUUACCUGACCCCUGCCAAUGCCUCGGUCACCAUGGCCUCCUCCAUCAGUCUUCUCAACAAGUAUUGUGCCAAGCUGCCGAGUGACACCUUCACACGCCUCACUGCCAUGUGGGCGAUGGAUGAGAGGCAAGAGGAGGACCUUGUGCUGUACAGCUGUAGGAUCAUGCUGCCCAUCAACUCCCCUCUGAAGGGCACCAUCAAGGGUCCGUGGCAGCCCAAGGUUUCGCUGGCCAAGAUGGCGGCGGCGUUGGAGUGCUGUCGGCGGCUGCAUGAAGUGGGUGAGCUGGAUGACCAUUUACAGCCAGUGGGCAAGGAGAGCAUGCGUCUGGAUGACCACCUUUGCCCCCCACCCCCUGAUGACCAGGUGCCAGAGGGAAUGCCCCGCCCCGGCACUACCAAGCGCCGACAGUACUACUACAAAAAGGUUGCCAACUGCCUGACCGGGGAGCAGCCCAAGGAGGAGCUGCCACUGUUUGUGUACAAGCUGGGCAUGGUGCUCACCUGCCCCAUCCCUGACGAACAAAACACUCGGGGCCGUAAGAUUUAUCGCCCUGAAAAGUCAUCGCGUUCUUUUGGGAUUGUGACCACUAAGCCCAUUCCUCAGGUGAGUGGGUUUCCAGUCUUCACACGAUCUGGAGAGGUGAUGGUGCAGGUGGAGGAGGUAGGCACUAGAGAAAACUUCACCCAGGACCAGCUAGCAGCCCUGCAGUACUUCCACAAGUUCUCCUUUACUCAUGUUCUGCGAUUGGAGAAAUAUCCCAUCAAAUUUGACCCAACUAAUGCCAAGACAGCAUUCUAUAUCGUGCCACUCAACAAAUCUGAGGACACAGAUAGCAUUGAUUGGGAAUUUGUGAGGAAGAUCCAGGCGGAGGGUGAUCCAAGGCCUGUACCGCCCCUGGAGGAGGCUCGCCAGAAGUUUCAUUUCCAGCACAGCUUGUACGAGGAUGCUGUGGUGAUGCCGUGGUACAGGAACCAGGACCAGCCUCAGUACUUCUAUGUGGCUGAGAUCUGCACUCACCUUAACCCACAAAGCGACUUUCCUGAUGCUGGAUUUGAGACCUUUGAGAAGUAUUACCUCACCAAGUAUGGCUUGCAGAUCUGCAAUCUGAGUCAGCCAUUAUUGGAUGUUGACCACACCUCAGGUCGCCUCAACUUGCUCACCCCAAGACAUGUUAACAGGAAAGGAGUUGCUCUGCCAACUACCUCAGAGGAAACCAAGAGAGCCAAACGGGAAAAUUUACAACAGAAGCAGAUCCUGGUACCUGAACUGUGCACCAUUCACCCAUUCCCAGCCUCCCUGUGGCGUAAGGCUGUGUGCCUGCCCACCAUUCUGUACCGCAUCAAUGCUCUUCUCUUGGCAGACCAGCUCAGGAUCUGUGUGGCUCAAGAAGUUGGUCUGGGUCUGCAGACACUUGAUCCUGGCUUUUCAUGGCCACCCUUGGAUUUUGGUUGGAGCUUGGCUGAUGUGCUGAAGAAAAGCCAAAGCAACCAGGAAACACCUGAAGUAGACCCAAAGACCAAGGACACCAACACUACUUCACAGAAGACAUCCAAGAAAACAGAGCCAGUUGAAUCAGUAGAGUCCCCGUCUCCCAAGAAGAAGCCAGCCCGCAGCGGCUCUGACAUGGAGAUAGGCACGUGGUCCAACGACAUGGCAGUGGAUCCUCCAUCUCCACCCUUCACUGAAGAUGACCUUAAUGGAUCUGAUGAGUUUGAGAUUGAUACCUUCGAUCCUAAUGUUGCUCUGCCAGACAACCUGACACUGUUGGAUGGCUGCACUGGGGGAGAUGAUGAAGUAGAGGGAGAGCUUGGGGCUGACUGGGGCACUGGCCUGACAGAACGCCGCACCAAAGGUUCCUCCUCCAAGAGCAGUGCCGGGGGAGGAGAAAUCUUCCGCGUCGGUUCACCUUCCAACUUUGAGAUUGAUGGAUGGGAUAUGUUUGGAGGCUCAGGAGGGACAGGCUAUGGGGGCAAUUAUGGUGGAUAUGGAUCCUAUGAUGCCUAUGGUGGCUAUGGUGACUUUGAGGGUUUGGCAGAUGACCUGGAAGGCUGCGAAUCUGACGUUUCCUCGGACAUGGAUGAUGAUGACAAGAGCCAGGCUGACAAGCUGUGGGAAGAGGAGGCCACCAAGCGACGGGCCAAUACGGCCAUAGAUGAUGCUUCAUCUGAUGAGGAGGUGGAUCUGUGGUGGCCCCAGGAAGAAAAAGAGGUGUGUCUGGCCAAAGAGGAGGAGUUUCAGCAAUUACUGGAAGAAAAGCAGCAGGACUUGUUGCUAGGACCUACCUAUCUUUCUGAAAGUACCCCUUUGGUGGUGGAGAAGGCACACCGAAGGCUGGCUGUAGAACAAAACGCUACUGCAUCUAUAGAGAAGGAGAGUGUAACUGUGGGAAAAGCUACAAUACAAGGCUGUGAAAUGCUAUCUUCAAAGUGCUGUGAUAAUGCUCAACAAUCUACCUCACCUAAAACUGCGAUUGUGAACCGCACUGAAACACUCUCUCUCACAGAGUUUGACAAAGGUGCUGAGGUUCCUCCGUGGAGGAACUCCCCUGACGAGUUAUCCUUUAGCUUUGACUACCAGCCAGACCUCUUGCAUCACCCAGGACCACCGCCCAGUGUUAUCCUCCAGGCACUCACCAUGUCCAAUGCUAACGACGGCGUUAAUCUGGAGCGUCUGGAGACCAUUGGAGACUCCUUCCUCAAGUAUGCCAUCACUACUUUCCUGUACUGCACUUAUCCUCUUCGUCACGAAGGCAAGCUGAGCUACCUGCGCUCCAAGCAGGUCAGCAACUUGAACCUUUACCGCCUUGGGAAACGCAAGGGUUUAGGAGAAUGCAUGGUGGCCACAAAGUUUGAGCCACAUGACAACUGGCUGCCUCCUGGCUACUUUGUUCCCCGAGAGCUGGAGGAAGCACUGAUUGACUCCGGCGUUCCUGCAGGCCACUGGAACAUGGCAGAUCUGCCGGGACUGCAUGACCUGGCCAGUGAUGAGAUCCGCCGGUUGGUGCAGGAGCGCUCUGAGCAGAUAAAGCGCAGCAAGUCAGAACAGGUGACCAGUGACUUGAUGGCUACACAAAACCCUCAUGACCUGCCCAUUUUUAUCCCCUACAAUUUACUAACUCAACACAGCAUCCCGGACAAGAGUAUUGCUGAUUGUGUUGAGGCUUUGAUUGGGGCAUACCUCACCACUUGUGGGCCUCGUGGUGCUCUGCUUUUCAUGUCUUGGCUCGGCAUAAAAGUGUUGCCUUGCAAGUACCAGGAGCAAGAAGAUUCUGCCAUCUCAGCACCUCAGAUCACCUACGGUCACCUUGAGCCUCCACAGUCACCUCUCCACCAGUGCCCCAUCUCUGCCACAGACCUGCAGCUGGAUCUUCUCCUCAGUGGCUACAUGGUGUUUGAGGAAAAGAUUGGCUAUACUUUCCGAGACCGGUCCUACUUGCUUCAGGCUUUCACUCAUGCCUCUUACUACAGGAACCGCCUCACUGACUGUUACCAGCGCCUGGAAUUCCUUGGAGAUGCUGUGUUAGAUUAUCUGAUAACCCGCCACUUGUAUGAGGACAAGAGGCAGCACUCUCCUGGGGCCUUGACUGACCUGAGAUCUGCGCUGGUUAACAACACCAUCUUUGCCUCGCUUGCUGUCAAGUAUGACUUCCAUAAGUACUUCAGACACUUUUCUCCUGGUCUGGACCGUGUUGUGAGGGACUUUGUCAAGAUGCAGGAAGAAAAUGGUCACAAGAUCAAUGAGGAGUACUACUUCAUGGAGGAAGAUGAGUGUGAGGCAGCAGAAGACAUUGAGGUGCCAAAAGCUCUUGGAGAUGUGUUUGAAAGUGUGGCUGGGGCCAUCUUUCUUGACUCUGGGGGCUCCCUGGAUGCUGUGUGGUCAGUCUACUAUACCAUGAUGUGCCGGGAGAUAGAGCAGUUUAGCGGCGUGGUUCCCAAGUCGCCCAUCAGAGAACUGUUGGAAAUGGAGCCCGAGACGGCCAAGUUUGGAAAGCCAGAGCGCCUGGUGGAUGGUAAGGUAAGAGUGUCUGUGGAGAUUUUUGGGAAGGGGUCGUUCUCAGGUGUGGGACGCAACUACCGCAUUGCCAAGUCUACGGCGGCCAAGCGUGCUCUGCGCCACCUCAAGAAGCUGCAGAUGAUGGCCAACCAAGGCAUGUGAAGGAAGGAACCUUCCUAAUGAAGUUCAAAAGUUGCUUAAUGUGGCAGCCCAGUGUUUGAUACUGUUUCCAGUGACUCAAAGCUUAGUGAAUACCAACACUACCAUUAGCUUUUUAUAUCUUUAUAAGGAAAUGUGUGUGUGUGUGUGUGUGUGUGUGUGUGUGUGUGUGUGUGUGUGUGUGUGUGUGUGUGUGUGUGUGUGUGUGUGUGUGUGUGUGUGUGUGUGUGUGUGUGUGUGUGUGUGUGUGUGUGUGUGUGUGUGUGUGUGUGUGUGUGUGUGUGUAGAAUUUGUAUUUGCAGAAUUGCUGGGAAAUGUGGCAGUGGUCAUGAUAUUGUUGUUUUCUUAUUGUUUAUAUAUAUUUUUUUGUUUUAUCAUGACUUUAAAUAUUUUAAUUGGAUUAGUAUUCAGUAUUAGUUGUAGGUAACAGAUUCUAUAUCACAUUGAGUCAAUGUAUGAAUAUCCAAAGAGUACAAAAAGCAUAACGUGCUGGUGAGGAUUCUGCACAGGAUGUGCAAACAGUGCCACAGUAAAGUGCAAUUGUAAUUUGCUUAAUCAUUUAUAUUAUGCCUCAGUUUUUCAUUAUUUGCUUCUUUGUGUGGGUACAAAAGCAGAACCAAUUUUCAGAACAUUUAGGCUGAGGCACACCAACCCACAGCCAUGUCCUUGGUGCAUUAAUGACUAUCUAGAUAAAACCAUCUUAGCCCACAGCAAAACCCAGAAAUGUUCUAUUUACUUAACAUGGACAAUGGUGUAGUGGGCCACACUAAUACCAGGAAUAACUGUAGUACUUUGUUGUAACUUCCUGGAGGGAUGAGAUGGGAGUGUCCAUCCUCCCUCGAAUCACUAAGACUGGUGAUAAUUGAAGGAGGCAGGAUUGAAUGGGUGGAAGCUGGAGGUAAUCAGCACAGAACCUGUUGUCACUGUAGGUUUGAAGCUCCAUCAGGAGGUAUGUCAGCUGUGUGGCACCUUGCACCCCUCCUGACCCACUAUCACACCUGUGCCGCCAUUUUGCUGUGAUGAUUUACCUGACACUUAAGUUCAAAUUUAAGUCUGAUGUUUUAGUAUUGACAUACUGCUUGGUAUUUUAUGUGCAAAACUGUUUAUUGUUAAAUUAAAAUCAGUUUAAUUAAGUAUCACAAGCUAACCAUAAAUAUUAAGUUAAUAUAUACAGCCUAAAUUUUAAGUUGUUUCAUAGUAAGCAACAAAAACUGCCAUGGUUUAGAUUAUAAUUGAGGUGGCCCAUGUUUGAGGGAGCUCACAGACAAAGUCAUCAAGAAAAGGAGCUUUGACCUUUGAGACUCUAGGCUGUGAUGCACCCUCUGGCACGGGACACCUUGUACUGCAUAUACCUGGAGUUAUUCAUAUUUAGCAUUGGAAACAUGUGGUGUCCUAAGCUGCAGCUAACACUUGGGUACUGAACUCCACUCUCCUUGCUGCAUCCUCUCAUCCUCCACCUGUGCUCCACCCUUGAGGUCUGUGUUGUCAUGGAUCUAGUGGUCAUCUACCUCUGCUUUAGUCUGUAUCUUACAAGCUGAUUAUGUAAGUGAGUGUAUGAAUCAUUACAACAUGCAGGGAGAUGGUAUUCAGUGGUUGUUGUUUUAAGUACUAAUGAGAUUUAUGGCACCAUAUGUUGACCAGGAAGUAGUUUUACCUGAGUAUCACUUAAGUAUUCAUACCUACUUUGUUUUCUUCACUACUACUACUGUUUUGUUGUUUGAUUAAGGGAAAUGUGUAUGCAUGUAGUAUGUUGGACUGGAUUCUUAAGUUGUCUGUCCCAACCUUGACAUUGGGUGCAGCUGAAAAAGUCUCUAUUCACUCAUUAUCCCCAUUGCACUACUCACUUAACUGAAAGUGUUUUUUACUUGCUAUGCACUUUUUUUAUUAUUAUUAUUAUUGUUUGUUUGUUUGUUUGUUUGUUUUUUUCAUUAUUAUUUUUUUAUGCAUGUAGCAAUUUGGGUGGCAUCUACUAAAAGCAGAACAUAGGAUUGCAAUGAUUCUUGUGUCUUACAGGUAUACUAAAGAAUGUUUUGCUCAGCAGCCCUUUUUCUUUAAUUAUCAUGUCAACUUUAUUUCUUUAUAGCUUCAUGCUACCUCAAAAUAUGCUUAUGAUGACUGACUUUUUAAGGAAAAAACAGUAAACUCUCAGUUUUCAGAAUGUAUUUGUUAUAAGAAUCUGGGAAAUACUUGAUUGUGUAUUCUCAUCAUAAUAAGCUGAUGUGCAAUAGAAGAAUAUCAAAGUGUUAUCUCACACUGAAACAAAGGAGAUAGUUUACAACCACAACAACGUUACCAUACAAGUGACAGUUGCUGAAGGUAAAGUUUAAGAUGCCAGAACAGUGCCAGUGCCACUGAAAUAGGUUGGCCAGUGUGAACCUUUGAGCCUUCAAAUGUGUUAAAAGAUAAUAUCAAUUCCUGUUUUCAGCUCAGAAAUGAGGAUAUAAAAAGAAUUGUCUAAACCUGCCCAUGUUUAUUAGGGCAAUGUUCAGCAUCUGUGCUGGCAGUGCUGUGCAUUGCACACUGCUUGCAAUGAUAUGACUAUGACAGAUCUCUGCUCUCUGUGUAACUUUCAAAUUGAAAAAGAAAAACUAUAAUAAUAUUUUCUUCAUUGUGUCUGCUGAUAAAUGUGGACGAUGAAGAGAAGUUUUGUUCACAUUCUCCAUUUGUGAUAAGAAGGCUGAUAGAGGUGUUUGUUUUUACAAAGGUAUUCAGUGUCAUGGUAUAUAAUAAUAUAAGCACAUGAAGUGCUGCUUAAUAAGGAUCAGCCAGAUCUCUUCAAGAACCAUUUAGCUGUGAGUGUUGCCCAAAAUCACCAGAUUUUGAGGAAGCAAUGAGAAAUUAGCCCAAGCAUUCCAGACAUUUAAUUGAUUUAUAAAUUUUAUUUAUCUAUUGUGCAUUAUGAUAGAAGGAAAGAGCAUUCAUCCAGGUUAUCAGAUAUAUGGGUCAUAAGAAGGUGUAAAUAUUGAUGAUAUUGGAAUACCUUUAUAACAAGCAAGGGAAUGAGACAUUUAGCAGCUGAUUGCCUACCUCUAAAUAUUCAACAGCUGGUUGCUUACAUGUACACAAUCAGCAGCUGGUUGCCUACAUGUAAGCAGUCAACAGCUGGUGGAAAAACUGCCAUCAUGAAAGCUGUGCAUGACCUUCAUAGACUUGAUCACCUUGGUGCUCCUCAGUGCCUUCUGUGUAAGUCAUGGCACCACCUUGGUAUUGCUUGCAUGGUUCUACUUGCUGCUCAUUCACUAACUUUUAAUUGCCUCAGCAACCUGCUAAUUGUUGUUUUAAGACGCACUACUACAAUGGUGGAAUAUGGUUAAUAUUGAGCAUACAAAACUUGUUUAUUGAUAGUGACAUAUGUGUAAAUCAGUUUUAGAUUAUUGAAGUAAGUAGUACACAGCUUUAUUCGUUAAAUUAUGAAGUUUUACACUGAACAGAUUGAGUUUAAUGUCUUAAAUGAAAGUAGCUUUUUUUCAUUGCUAAGAAAGUGUUUGUGUACUGAAAUGUUCACUCCUCAUAAUGUGUUCAACAUCAGCAGUCUGUUGACAAUCAUGUUUGUGUGAUGCUCACCGUACAUGAUAUACAUCUUAACUAUAUCUUCAGAGUACAAAAUAAUUUGCAACAAAAAGUGUCGUAAAAGGUUAAUUGUUUUGUCCAUAGCUUAUCACCAUGAAUAUUUGGUGAAAGUUAUCUAUUAUAUAAAUAAACUGGCAAUUGGGAGUUUACUGUUCAUCUCUCUCACACUAUUUGUUAUUAAAAUGCAGUUUUUAUCAAAAUACUUUGAGGGACAUGUAUUUUAUUGAAAGUGAUAGAUGAAGCAUUUUUAGGUCAGUUUUAUGUUUUGUAUAGGAGUAAUUUUGUAAGACCCUGAAUCAUGACACAAGUGGUAAGGAAACCCUUACUUUUACUCAUUUUGUGCAUGUGCCAUCCAUAAAUGACCAAGUUUACUAAAAAAAGAACUGCAAAGGGAAAAUUGAAAGGCAUGUGUAUGUUAGGGUUGCCUGUUAAUUGUAUAAAUUUUGUUCUGCAGUUUGCCAUGCAUGCUUGUAAAAUUCAGUGGAUUGGCCAAGUUUUCUGGAUGAAUGUGGAUGUUGUCUGUAAACUUGGAUCUUUGGAUAUGAAUUCUCCUAGUCAAAAUAUGAUCCAAGUUGUGUUGUGAACAAGGGCUUAGAUAGGUACAAGGUGAAGUUAGGUAAGCCAUUUUUACCAGUGCCAUUGCAGGAUGUUUGAGCUAGGUGUGAGUGCCUCCCUGCUUACUGCAUGGGAGGCAUUCGCAGCUAGCAGCCUCUCAUGUGAUCAUUUCCUGCACUGGUGCUCAUCCAUUUAAUAAUAAGUGACUUUUGUAAGUUUGUGAAAAAAAUUAGCUUUGCUUAGCUAUAGACAUAUGGAAGAUGCCACGCUGAGGAUGUCACCCUCUCUCUCUUGGUGCUGGGAUAUCUUGGCAUUUGUAAUUGAAGCAGAUGUCUAGUUAGCAAGUCAAGUUGAGAAAUUGUGUAGUGUCUCUCCUCAGUGAGGUAACAAGGAGCACUGACUGACAAGGAGAUGAAGCCUGGCAUCCAUGCCAUCAGAGGAAACAGAGCUUUUCCAGCAUACCUCUGUGGUAGGGAGACUUGGCUUCAAAACUCGGCUUCAGUUUAGCUUCAGUGUUGUCAGCAUUAGGGGUCAUGUGUGUUAAUGUUAAGUGAUCUCAGUGUGCUGAUGUGUUUUUCAUAUUUUGUAGACUAAGGCUUCAACUUUGUAAGAAAAACAUCCAUGUAAUUUAUAGCUAGAAACCUCACUGUUGACAAGUGGCACCUGCUUGAUAGAGGCUCACUCAGACAUUUAUCUAUUGAUGGAUUAGUAAGCAUUUUAUUGGAAUUAAUGACAAAUUCACGUUUAUAAUUCAAAAUAUAGUACAUUUAAGAUCUCUCAGAUAAGAUUAAUUGGUUCCAAUUAUACAAAAUGAGCAACACAGAUUGAAUUAAAAUCCCUAAUUAUUUCAGAACAUGGCUACAGAUUUGAUCAAUUUUGUGCCACUUCAACUUAAGAUUUUUUGAGUUCCACACCUCUUGUCCCUUUUGGUGCAAAUUUAGUUUUUUCUUGUGUGGCAGUGUUUCCCAAUAGUUAUUUGGGUACAAUUAAUAUUUUGAUUAAAUAAAAAAAAAGUAAGUUUUGAGUGUGUAUUCAUUGCAUAUUGGAGUGCACCAUGUCAUCAUGUAAUCGUUUUGUUAAUAGCCUAAAACAGAUUCUAAUUAUGAGUUGGCAAACAUUAGCAACAGAUUCUAAUUAUGAGUUGGCAAACAUUAGCUUGAAUGUAUCAGAAACCUGAUUUAAUUAUCCCAUAAGUUUACAAAGACUGCCAGCUUUGUUACCAAUUACCAUACGAUGGUUGUAACGAGUUUGAGAUUUACAUCAUGAUCUCUGCAUGAAAAAUUCAGAGAAAUUACCUUUUAAUUUUACUGACUUGUAUGUACACAUGCAUUAUGAAUAUAAGUCAAUAAGAUAAAGUUAAGUUGGAAUGUCCUUGAAGCUUCAAUUUGGUUGCACACAUUUGUAUUUGCAGGAACAGAGCAUUUUUCAUGCAGAAUGCCACUUGAUCACAAAUUCUGUAUGUAGGUUGAAUCUGUCUUGUCUUAUGAGGAGUAAUUCAAUUUCAUAAAUCUGCUCAACAUGACUUGUCAGCCAUAACUAAUCAAGUCACACCUGAAAGGGACUUAUGCACCAAGUUUUGUUUAGUCUUUAUUUAUGUCACAGCAUAUGUAAGUUUUAAUCCUGGCACAAAAUAAAACUUGACAUAAC